AUGAAGAUCUCGACCCGUGUCAUCCUGUCGCUGUUCCUCUUGGGUCCCACCCUGACGGUUGGAUUUUUGCCCGUUUCGCAAAGGGUAUCCAGACAACAACAUCACCAUUCCCCCAACACAAGAGUAUGGGCACUCCCCGAUUUGACCAACGAUGAAAUAUCUCGUUAUUCUCGUCAUUUGGUACUGGGGGAUGUCGGAAUGGAGGGACAAAAGGCAUUAAAAGCGGCCAGUGUGCUGGUGGUCGGUGCCGGUGGAUUGGGAUCUCCCUGUCUCCUCUACUUGGCGGCGGCCGGUGUGGGACACAUUGGCAUUGUCGAUGCCGAUGUCGUUGAUCACUCCAAUCUACAACGACAAAUCAUUCAUGGAACUUCGACCGUAGGAGUCUCCAAAUGUGAAUCGGCACGACAACGCAUUCUCGAUAUCAAUCCAUUGGUACAAGUGAGAAUGUACGAAGAAGAAUUCACUUCGCAAACGGCCAUGAGAAUCCUGCAAGAGGGAUUUUCCAACGAGCAAAACUACGAUAUCGUCAUUGACGGAAGCGACAACUUUCCCACCAAAUAUCUCAUUUCGGAUGCCUGCGAAAUUAUGGGAUUGCCAUGGGUCUAUUCCGCCAUUUUGGCCUUUGAAGGACAAUUGUCGUUUUUCAAUCUGGACAAUACCGGACCCACCUAUCGGGAUUUACUCCCCACGCCACCACCUCCGGGGGAUGUCCCCUCGUGUGCCGAAGGAGGAGUGUUGGGGGUCCUACCGGGUUCCAUGGGAUGUUUGCAAGCGACCGAAGCCAUCAAGUAUAUACUGGGACGCAAAGAAGGACUCCUCAGUGGCCGCGUACUGGUAUUUGAUGCCAUGGCCAUGAAGUUUAGUGAAAUAGGACUCCAACGAGCGGACGAUCGGGAACCCAUUACCGAAUUGAUUGAUUAUCAAGGAUUCUGUGCGGGACCCAAAGUUGCAACAGCCCCAACGAAAGAAGAAACAAAACAAGGAGGACGAACCAUGGACGAAGCCGAGGGCGAUAUUGCUACUACUGCGGCGUCAUCCUUUCAGAAUUUGGAACCCAAACAAUGCAUGGAAAAGUUGGUCAAUGGUUGGUCCCCGUGGGUUUUGGACGUUCGAUUACAAACGGAAAAUGAUAUUGUCGCACUUCCCUUUACGGACCGUGUCGCGCCCCAUCGGACCGUCCAAAUCACCGACAUUCCUGCCGAGGGUGAUGUACUGGUCUAUUGCAAAGCCGGGGUCAGAGGCAAAAAGGCCUGCCAUCGAUUGAUUGAACAAGGAGUAGAUGCCGAUCGACUCUACAAUAUGGAUGGAGGCAUCAUGAGAUGGCGAAAGGAAAUUGACAAUACCAUGCCGCAGUAUUGA